AUGCCCCUGCAAUUGGCUCUGUUGUCUUUUCUUGUCUCACUUGUGACUUCCUUAUCCUACAGUCGGGGAAAGACAAAUUCCACAAGUCCCAGCAUGUUGACUGUUCCAAAAGGGGUCCCUAUGAUGUUGGGCUCAGGGAAGCCAGGCAUUGUAUGGGAGUUGCUGCUGGGCCAGAAGGCUCAACCAAACUACUCUGUCUUCCCCAAAGGAGAGGGCAGUGACCCUCUGUCAUGGGUGGCCUUUGACAAGCAGGUCUGUCAUGGAACUUUGUUGUGCUUUCCAAAUAAUCUUUGUAGUGUGGAUACACAUUGUGGUUCAUGGUAACCAUUGUUGUCAAGUAGGAUGACUACAGACAGACAGACUGCUUUAUUCUCACCAUCCCUCUCCCUCAGGUGCUGAGCUUCGACACGUUAUUUCGGGAGGCUGUGCCUCAGAAGCGAGAGGAGAAGUAUCACGUCAUGAAGUGUAAGAUCUAUUUCUAUCUGGAGGACGAUACCAUCCAGGUGGUAGACACAGAAUUCAAGAACAGUGGGAUCCCACAAGGUGAGGUAUUUUACCCUAGGUCUUGAGCAGGUAAAUCGCUGAUCAAUAUUUACCUGCAUUUCGACCCCCUACCCAUAGGUCUCUCAGUUCUUCCAACUCACGAGUUCUUGCUCUGAGGACACACACACACACACCCACACACACACACACACACACACACACACACACACACACACACACACACACACACACACACAUCAUCACUGAUAAACACACACACACACACACACACACAUCAUCACUGAUAACACACACACACACACACACACACACACACACACACACACACACACACACACACACACACAUCAUCACUGUUAAACACACACACACACACACACACACACACACACAUCAUCACUGUUAAACACACACACACACACACACACACACACAUCAUCACUGAUAACACACACACACACACACACACACACACACACACACACACACAUCAUCACUGUUAAACACACACACACACACACACACACACACACACACACAUCAUCACUGUUAAACACACACACACACACACACACACACACACAAAAAUCCCCUUCUCUUAGGCUGAACAUCUGAAGACAGACACACAGAAACCAGUACCUGCAAAAAGACAGUUGAUCACAGGAAAAGCCCUCUAUGUUUAAAGGGGUUUGACUGUGACAAAAUGUCCCAUUUUAGAUUUUUCCUAUUUCCAGGAACCCUGAUUCGCCGCCACCGCAUCCCGCUGCCCCCUCCGGAUGACAAGUGCUUCUACACGGUGCACGACUUCAACAUCAACCAGCAGAUCGCGCACCUUCAUGGUCACCGACUGUGAUCCCCUUCACCAGGAGCUUCCUCAGGAAGAUGGGGGUGCGGCUCAGCAGCCCCCCCACCCUCCACAUCCACACCCCCGGACACCUACAGCAACCUGGGAGAGAGGGAGGAAGGGACAGGUGAUAAGAAGGUGACAUUAUGGAUUUAGUGGCACCAUCUUCUGUGUUUAACAUAGUGCUAUUCUAUUAAUCUAAUGCCAAGGCGAGAAACAUGUCAAGAGCAGAAACUACUCAGGCUGAUUGAUUUCCAUUGUCCUCUGACAGAUAGAGCAGCUCACUGCACUGAUGCCACUGUCGGAAAACAAUAUAUGUAUUGAAUAUUAUCACAAUGACUUGACUACUGUACACACAGCAACUAUCUGUAGCUACCAAGCUGUAUACUGUAGUCUUUAUGUAUUGAUGAAGUAUACAGCGUUGUUACUGAUCUGUCUGGGUAUCCACAGAUGGAGGAGAUCAUGACGCCGCUGCAUCCGUACGAGAGGCAGGACAAGCUCAAGCAGUUCCUAGACCAUGACGGCAAUGUGCUGCGCUUCUACUGCCACUGGGACGACUCGGAGAACACGUUCGGGGACCCGCAUGAGCUCACCCUGCACUACUUCCUGGCCGAUGACACCAUAGAGAUCAGGAAGGUAAUCUACCCCAACUCAGGGCAGGACGCCGCGUCAAAGUUCCUGCACCGCAGCAAGCUUCCCAAGGCGAGAUGGGAAAUGUAGUUUGUACAGAGGAGAAAGGAAGCCCAAUGAGUGAUUGUAUAAGACUUUCCCAAGAGUAGUGAUAUGUUUAGGUGGAAGUGUCACAAAAACCCGACUAUGCACCUGUUGGAGGUUUGGAGCACCAGGACUCUUAACUACAUAAGGUUUGAGUUCUAGUGACCAGUUGGGAACCACACUAACCAUAAAACACAAGGAGGCAAGAUUAGAGCAAAAACGAUGGACAUUUGUUUUUAACAAAAAUAAAUAGGUAAAAAUGUAAGCCACCCACUAAUGAGCUAAAGUGGAAUUUUAUUCCACAAAAAGAGAAAAGGUCUUUCUCCAGUUUAAUUGGAAAUCCAUUGUUUUGUUGAGUCUAUUCCUUAAAAUCAAAAAUCAGUUCUUUAAAAUCACGAGUCCAGUCCGGUGGAAAAUAGUUAAAAACUGUGCACUUCCCUGUUACUCCAAUCCGUAUUUUCUGCAGUGGUGUAAAGUACUUAAGUAAAAAUACCUGAAAGUAAUACUUAAGGAGUUUUUUAUGGUAUCUGUACUUUACUUUACUAUUGAUAUUUUUGACAACUUUUACUUUUACUUCACUACAUUCCUAAAGAAAGUAAUGCACUUUUUACUCCAUACAUUUUCCCUGACACCCAAAAUUAUAUGUUACAUUUUGAACGUACAGGAAGGAAAAUGGUCAAAUUCAUGCACUUAUCAAGAGAACAUCCCUGGUCAUCCCUACUGCCUCUGAUCUGGCGGACACAUUAAACAUACAUGCUUCAUUUGUAAAUGAAGUCUGAGUGUUGGAGUGUUUGCCUCCAUGCUGCUUCUGCACGGAUUUAAAUACAGGCUACAAUAUGCGGUGAACCAAUGGGAAUACAUCUGAAUGAUUGUACCUGCAUUCUCGCGAGGGGAGGUGUGUGCCAUCCGGUCCAUGAGUGCCUCUGCUUUCCUCCCGUUGUUACACUCCAGUGAUUAUCUGCAAUGCUCCUGUGAAUCCACUCAGUGACACUCCAAAACAAAACACAAGUGAAAUCACACAAUACACAUGUGAAAGAGUAAGAGCAAGCCAUUUCCUGGUAGAAUGCACAACAUUUUCAUUUGAUUUCGUCAUAUCAUGACAGAAGUGUAGUCAAGAGGAAAAGUGCCUCUUUCUCUUUGCUUGGAUGGCUUCUCCCUCCCUCCUUCCCUCACAGAGCUCUCAUUCACUCUGACAGGUCUCUCUUUCUGUCUCUCUCCCCCUCCCUCCCUCCUCCCUCCCUUCCCUCACAGAGCUCUCAUCCAACCUGACAGGUCUGCAGUAACAUCUAGCUGUCCCUGAAACACUGUUGUGUCUCUGCCCUAGUCACUGUUCAGACACUAACUCAACAUGAAAGAUGGCCUCCGCUCAUUCAUUUGUUUUCCUUAUUGUUUGCUCCAGUGAUUGUCAUGCUGUUUGUUCCGCUGCCUCUCUCUAAAUGUCAUCCUGAAAGGUUGCAUCUGAACCUCCUAGCCAGUGGGACAUAAGGAUUUUCCCCCAGAUACAAAUGAAGCCUGUCCCUCAAGACAAAUGAUGAUGAUGAUGAGUUGGUCUGUUUGUCUUCGUUCUCUUUCUCCCAGUGAUGCUGCUUCCAUUCCCAAGAACUAGCCACCUGUGGUGUGGAGGUGGUGUGGUUUGUGUGUAUGUGUUUUAGCUUGGCACAUGUGUGUGUAUACUGUAUAAGUGUGUGUGUGUGUGUGUGUGUGUGUGUGUGUGUGUGUGUGUGUGUGUGUGUGUGUGUGUGUGUGUGUGUGUGUGUGUGUGUGUGUGUGUGUGUGCAUGCGUGUGUGUGUGUUUUUAAUUCUGACUCUUCUCCAUCUGUGUGUUUUCUCCUCUGUUCUCUCCUGCAGCAUGCUCCCAUCCCGAAGCGUCAGCCCGGAGAGAUCACAGACCGUACGGUGCUCAAAGUGUAUGGUCCUAUGGGCCAGGCAGGACGCUACAUCCUGGACAGCCUCAAAGUAAGGUGUUGCUAGGAAAUAUUAGACAGUAAGAUGGUCACAUUUGUCCAUGUCGAAUGUUAAAAUAGAAAAGAAGCCUGUCAUUUCUGUGACCUGUAAGGGAUGUUGUAGAAACAGCAGUUUGGUUCCAAAAGCUUUAUCUCUGGGCCUCCCGAGUGGCGCAGCAGUCUAAGGCAGUGCAUCACAGUGCUAUUGGCGUCACCUCAGAUUUCUGCCCUGCUAGAGCUGCCCCCGGUCAACUGUAAGUGCUGUUAUUGUGAAGUGGAAACUUCUACGAGCAACAACGGCUCAGCUGGUAAUCUGUUUUAGCCCAUACCUUAGCCCAUCGCCUGCAGUUCUGGUGUAUAACCACUGGAUGUCAGUAUACGUAUAAUAUAAACUUCACUGCAUUGCUCUGGCAAACUCAAGUGCACCCCUGUUUGCUGUUGAUGUCAAUGGCAUUUUGCUGUUUUCAAUGUCAAGUAUUCCCAUAAUCUUUAAAUGUUUUAGAUUGACCCCUAGAUGCUCUCCAUAUCUGAAUUUAGAUUUUGUCAUUCAUAUUUAGUGAAGGUUCGAUUUGUGACCGGCUGGAGAUUAAAAUAACAUAAUUAUAAUAAUUUUUACCAUCAAUAUUAUAAUCAUUUUUCAUGCAAAUCUCUCCUCUGCAUCAAAACCAUGCAACUCUUACAUUAAUAAUUGUCAAUAAAUCAAAAAGUGUUUAUAUACUGUAUAUAACAACAACAUUUGUCACAAAGUGCUUUACAGUAACCAGGCCUGGACGCUUGAGUGAUAGAGCGGCGUUUACAGUAACCAGACCUGGACGCUUGAGUGAUAGAGCGGUGUUUACAGUAACCAGACCUGGACGCUUGAGUGAUAGAGUGGUGUUUACAGUAACCAGACCUGGACGCUUGAGUGAUAGAGCGGUGUUUACAGUAACCAGACCUGGACGCUUGAGUGAUAGAGCGGUGUUUACAGUAACCAGACCUGGACGCUUGAGUGAUAGAGCGGCGUUUACAGUAACCAGACCUGGACGCUUGAGUGAUAGAGCGGCGUUUACAGUAACCAGACCUGGACGCUUGAGUGAUAGAGCGGUGUUUACAGUAACCAGACCUGGACGCUUGAGUGAUAGAGCGGUGUUUACAGUAACCAGACCUGGACGCUUGAGUGAUAGAGCGGUGUUUACAGUAACCAGACCUGGACGCUUGAGUGAUAGAGCGGUGUUUACAGUAACUAGACCUGGACGCUUGAGUGAUAGAGCGGUGUUUACAGUAACCAGACCUGGACGCUUGAGUGAUAGAGCGGCGUUUACAGUAACCAGACCUGGACGCUUGAGUGAUAGAGCGGUGUUUACAGUAACCAGACCUGGACGCUUGAGUGAUAGAGCGGUGUUUACAGUAACCAGACCUGGACGCUUGAGUGAUAGAGCGGUGUUUACAGUAACCAGACCUGGACGCUUGAGUGAUAGAGCGGUGUUUACAGUAACUAGACCUGGACGCUUGAGUGAUAGAGCGGUGUUUGCAGCACUGACAUCAUAGUAACCAAAGCUUUGACUCUCAUGGUGAUUUCAGCAGUUCAAGCCCACUGUGUGAACAUAGUCCUACCCAUAGUUGGAGUCCUGGAGGCUGUGGAAUUAUAGAUGUAAUUUAUAACAUUUUCCAACGCUGAAACAACAGCUCCAGGUCUGUCAGUCUCCCUGUCCCUGACUGACACUAGAUACCCCACCGUCGCCUGAUGAUUCGCAUCUGUGAGCGAGAAGCUUUCAAAUUAAACCGCUAUCAGCAUGAUUCAUGCGCUUGUUUUUUCAGUAACAUAAACGUUAUUUUGCACCAUCCAAAUGGGGCCCACUAUCUGUAGAUGGGAGGGUUUUGUGUGUGGGGGGGUUCAACCAGUCUGAUUGGGGGGAUUCAACCAUGGGGGGGGGGGGGGGGGGGGUUUCAACCAGUGCUGCCCCCCCCCCCCCCCCAUGGAGAAAGACAGGUGAGUCAGGAAAGCACCACUCGGGAGAUAGUCAUGAGGAUAUCUCACUCUGGUCUCCCACAUCAAUACUCCAUAAGACAUUGUAGUCUGUAACUUACCUCUCAUAAGUUUUUCUCUCUUUUUGUGUGUGCUUGAAACCUUAUGCCUACAGUUCCUACAAAAGUCUACAACCCUCGCACAUUUUGUACAUUUUGUCAGGAACUUUGUCUGGAAAUUAAGGGGUUGUAGUUUGUAGACACUUGACAGUAAUGUAUUCUCCUUAGAUGCUGGAUCUACUGUAAGUGUCUAGAAAUGUGUUAACUCCUCUCGCUGUGUGUGCAUGCACGGGUGUGUGUUUCCCCAUACUAGACAGUUUAGUGGGGGGGUAUGUUCCUGGAGCGUGGCAGGGUGAAGAAGCCUGGUCAGGAGCUGUUUAAGAGUGAGAUAUCCCAGUUAUUUCAGUGCCCAGGACCUGUAUGUAGGAGCCAGGCUCAACUUCAACAACCAGGGCUUCCUACUGGUUGACGCUGAUGAGGACGCCUUCAACUGCAUGGAGCAGCACGCUGAGGAGGUAGGAUGGAGUUUCUCCUCUUCUCUUCUACUUCCACCACUCUUCUCCCUUUCCCUCCAGUUCCCCAGGGCUAACAUGGGCUCCAUCAUCAGUAAGGUCCGCUCCAUCCCUGAGGACAAACAGAAUGAGAUCAAACAGUUCCUCACCCUCAGGGACCCUGGAAACACUGGACUGAUCCUCUAUGAACCAUUCAGAUAG